AUGCCAACGUUCAGUCUAGGCCGUCUAGGUCGCUUCCGAAUAUCACGUCUUCCUCCUUCACACACCUCAUCGCCAACAGAGCAUCAGAAGCCACUCUCAACACCGCCACCAGAGUAUAAAGACAUCGUCGAAAUUGAUACCAAGUACUAUGCUCCAUCACAAGCUCAACCGCCGCAGUGUAAGACCGAGCAGGUGCGUCGCUUCCUCAUCGAAAUCCUCGCAAUGACGUUUGGCGCGAACUUUGAUGAGCUGAAUGCGGCUCUUUACAACAUCUCCCCAUCAAGCAGCACGAACACGAUCCUUUGCGACUCUGAACGUGCAGAUCUUCUGGAACAAUCGAACCUCGUCCGCAAAGUUCACGGGUACUUCGUACGGAAUGAGAAGACGAUGAUAGAUCGAAGAGACGAGAAGAAGAUCUGCGCAACUAUCAUCAACCCCGCCCAAUCUAUCCACCACGAUCCUUCGUUGCCCAAAUUCUGUUUGGAUGUGAUAGGGUGGUACGGCGAACAAGUGCGAUUGCCAUCAGGUAGUACACGGUGGACGUCUACCAUCAUCGGAUGGUGA